AUGCCUAAGAACAAGGGAAAGGGCGGCAAGAACCGCAGAAGGGGUACCAAGGAGAACGACGACCAGCGUCGUGAGCUCACCUUCAAGGAGGAUGGCCAGGAGUACGCCCAGGUCGUGAAGAUGCUCGGCAACGGUCGCCUCGAGGCUAUGUGUUUCGACGGCAGCAAGCGUCUCGCCAACAUCCGCGGAAAGAUGCGCAAGAAGGUCUGGAUCAACCAGGGCGACAUCAUCCUCCUGUCCCUGCGAGACUUCCAGGACAACAAGGGCGACGUGAUCCUCAAAUACACAGCCGACGAGGCCCGGACGCUCAAGUCGUACGGAGAGCUCCCCGAGAACGCCAAGAUCAACGAGACCGACACCUUCGGCCAGGCCGAGGGCGACGAGGCCGGUUUCGAGUUCGGCGACGCCGACUCCGAGGAGGAGUCCGACGCCGACGUCCCCGGCGGCAAGAAGGAGGUCGACAUCGACGAUAUCUAA